UCCCGCCCCAGGCCGCACCCCGGGCGCGUCCCGCAGACCAUGGCGCUCUGACCGCGGGGCCCCGGGCUCUCUGCGCCGGGACCGCCCGCCCGCCCCCCUCCGCUCCCCCGGGCGGGCGGCCGGGACCCCGGGGCUUUGUGACGUCAGCGCCGGGGCUGCCGGGGAGAUUGGUUGCCGUGGCGACGUAAACCGAAGGCCGGGGAGCCGAGAGCGGGGAGCUGCGGCGGCGCGGAGGCUUCGGAGCUGGCCCGGGCGCGCGGGGCCGGUUGGAAUCGCCUUUAGCCAAAACCAAGUUUUGCAACAAGCCUUUAUUCCUCUGCCCAGAUGUCCAAGAUAGUACCUACCAUGGUCUCCAAGGACAUGAUUUACAACAAUAACAGCCUAGAGUCCACAGAAAACAGUUCUUCAAUCAAUGAAGAAGAAAAAAAGGAGAAACAUGGGAAAAAAGUGUCCAUGAUUGUUCCUGACCGUUCAGCGAAUCCUUUCCACAUAUCUGGAGAUGUGGAUUUCUUCUUGCUCAGAGAUCAGGAGCGGAAUAAGUCUCGCACAGACCGCGAGCAGAAGAUUGUCCAGCGGGUGCACCAAAAGAUGACCUACUCCUCCGAGGUGUCGGCCAAGCACACCAGCCUGCGUCGCGAGCUGCAGCUGGAGGACAAGAUGCAGGACAAGGAGGCGCGCGCCGAGGCGGAGCGGCUGCGUGCCUUCCAGGACGACGCGGCGUGGAAGCUCUCCAUGACCAAAGAAAAGAAGAUGGAAUCUGAGAACAUGAGCGACUACAUCAACCAGAAGCGACAGAUGUUCCUCAUCCAGUACGCCCUGGACAUGAAGCGGAACGAGAUCCAGCGGCUGGAGAUGCUGGCAACCAAGGAGGAGGCGGAGCUGGAGCGGGCCGAGAAGUCCCUGGAGAAGGACGCUGCCCUGUUCGACGAAUUUCUCCGGGAGAACGACCGCAGCUCCGUGCAGGCCCUGAGAGCGGCUGAGAAGGAGACCAAAGCAAAGAUGGAGAAGAUCCUUGAGAUCCAUGACCUGACCACCCAGAUCUCGAACAUCAAAAGUGAAAUCUCCAAAUUUGAAGACACUUUGCAGCAUUACAAGAUCUACAAGGACUUCCUAUACAAGCUGUCGCCCAAAGAGUGGUUGGAAGAAAAGGAGAAAAAGCACCUGGCUCUCAAAAAGGCCAAGGAGGCCACCGAGCCCCCCAAAGAGAACCUCUUAUUUUCCUCAAUUGGAGACAAAGGACCAGGGAUCAAGAGCAAAACAAGCUCCAGAGAUGGGCAGGGCCCAAAGAAGCCCUGGAAGUUCCUGCAGGUGGCCCGGCUGGGGCGGAUCCUGUCCAGUGCCAUGAGCCUCCAGCAUAGCCGCCAGCCCAGCGUGAGUAGCGGGCUGGACCCUAAAGGGUCAAACUCCAUCUCCACAGUGCACGAGGAUCCAGACAGUGAAGGGGAGGAGCUGGAGCUGUACUUCACAGAGCCCCAGCAGCUCCUGGACGUCUUCAUGAAGCUAGAGGAGCAGAACCUCUCCCUCAUCCAGAACACACAGGAGAUGGAGGAGGCCCUGGAUGAUCUGAGCUUAACCCUGAAAAACACCCAGAUCCGCAUGGACAGGGAGGUCAACCAGUUGAAGCACUGGGUCACCAUGCUGAUGAUGUCCAUCAACAAGGAGGAGGAGAUGGCCGCCGAGCUGGAGCUCAAAGCCCGUGUCUUCCACUUCGGCGAGUACAAGGGUGCGCAGGAGGACAAGCUGCUGGAGAGCCUGAACCGCAAAGUGCUAGACGUGUACCACCACUGCAUCGGUACCCAGCAGGAGUCCAACCUGGGCACCGUGCAGAUGCUGACCAUCAUCGAGCAGCACCUGGAUGAGCUCCUCGAAAACCUGGAGCGUGUACCGCAGAUCAAGAUCGAGCAGGCUGAGAAGGCCAAGGAGAAGGAGCGGCGCAUGAGACUCCGGGAACAGAAGGUCAUGAUGCAGAAGCAGCUGCAGGAGGAGCGGCUGCAGCGGGCCCGGGCCCGGGCCCAGGCUGAGAUCAAGAGGAAGAGAGGCAGGAGACUGGUGUGUCGCUCCCGGCCCCCUGCUCUCAAAGCAAAGGAGGAGCCCAAGCACGUGCUGAUGGACCAGGACAAGGAGGAACAGCUGCUGUUCUUCACCUAGCCACCAGCUGGCCUGCAGCAGCUGUCCCCAUGUCCACAUGCCCCCCACCUGGCCUCCCUCGGUACGCUUCCUCAUGCAUGUGAAAUAAACUCCCCCUCGUGGUAGCCUGAUGCCCUGUUUAAGGAGGCAGGUUGGUUCCAAUACCCGCACCCAGCCCUCUGAUCCCUGGAGCCCAAGCCCCAGCUUGGGAGGAGGAGCUCAGCCUGGCCCGCACGUCUGAGACACACGGGCCAAGCCCACGCUGAGGUCUGAU